UUGUGAUUGUGAGAGUGUUGUAAAGGUUGUAAACGUUGAACGAAUAACGAUAGAAAACUGAUAUAAUUGUGAUUCACUGGUGAUUAAAGAAGAAGGAAGAUUAAUAUGAAGCGCGGGUGGUGGAGCGCCAGAAAGGAGUUGGUGAGCAGGAAGGAGAUUCAGUGGAGAAAUAAUUCUCCACUUGAUUCUCAAGGAGCUUCAGAGGAAAGUGAUGGUGAAAUUCUUGUUAAAAAAGCAAGAGAAAGGGAUUUGCAAAUUCAUGAAGAGGAGGACGUGGCGUUACCGUUACUUUUCAAAAAAACUGAGGACAUAAUUGAUUCUUCAGCUACCUUGACUGAUAUUGAAUUAGGUGACCGUGACCCACAUGAUUCCACAAUAUCAACUGAGGUAAUCUUAAAUAUUUACUAUUUUGCUUGUUGAAAGCCAAAACAUAUAUUUUUU